AUGCACAAAGUAUAUCUUGAUAUUAAGAUCGGCGAUGAGCCAAUAGGCCGAAUCGUAUGCGAACUGUUCGACGAACAAGCCCCUAAAACAUGUGCUAACUUUAUACAUCUAUGCAGAGGAGAUGUCAAUCUUAAUGGUAAAGUGUUAAGCUAUAAAAGAAAUCACUUCCAUAGAAUCAUUAAGAAUUUUAUGAUUCAAGCUGGAGAUUUGAUGUUCGGUUCUGACGACAAGAUUAACAAAGAAGAAGUUGGAAAAGGCGGUUGCUCAAUUUAUGCGACUGAAUCUGAGUUGGAAAAUUCAUCUAGAAAUGAAAUUCAAUGUUUUGGGAACUUUCCAGAUGAAAAUUUGGGUGAAUUUACCGAAAGCUUCAUAUUGGCUAUGGCCAACACUGGUUCACAGAAUACCAACAGUUCUCAGUUCUUCAUUACUACUUAUCCAUCUCCCCAUCUAAACGGUAAACAUUCUCAGUUUGGAAAAGUGAUAGCAGGUAAAUCUGUUGUUCGCACAAUUGAGCAUAUGGAUGUCGAUGAAAAUGGAGUACCAAAUGAUUCAAUAAUCAUAGAAGAUUGCGGUGAAUGGUCUGAUAAUAUGGAAAUACCUCUUUAUAAUGCAUGCAACGAUACAAUUGGUAAUGAUUUUUAUGAAGAAAAUCCAGAUGAUGACACCCACUUCGAAGGCGAAGAUUUUGCCAAAGCAUAUGAAGCAGCAGAGACCAUUAAAGAAUCUGGUUCUCUGCUAUUCAAGAAACGAGACUUUAGGAACGCUCUUUUCAAAUACAAGAAGGCCUUGAAAUAUACUACUGCAUAUACUCCUGAAGUGGAUAUAGACAAGUUUCAUAAUGAGAAGUUCACUAUCCAGAAACAUAAACUAUAUUUGAACAUCUGUCUGAUGCUAUUUUAUUUGAAAGAGUAUCAUGAAUCAAUCAAAUACUCUACCUUUUUAGUGGAUGAUGACCGUGUAGGAAACAAAGACAAGGCAAAGGCAUACUUAAGAAGGGGCAAUUGUCUUUAUGCUUUGAAUAGAUUUGAAGCCGCUCUCACUGACUAUAAGAACAGCGCAAAGACAGUUCCCGAGGAUAAGAACGUCGAGCAGAAAAUAGAUAUUACAGAGAAGAAAAUCGCGAGCGAUCUCGAAAGAAGGAAAAAAAGCAUAGGUAAAUUCUUUAACUGA